AUGGAACUGUCAGAAAUAGACUAUUAAUGACAGUUCUGGGACUGUCCUUCCAUGCAGCGGUUGAAAACAUUGUAUGUAUUUGUUUCCAUAAAUGGAUCCAUUUAUGGAAACAAAUACAUACAAUGUUUCAACCGCUGUAUGGAAGGACAGUCCCAGAACUGUCAUUAAUAGUCUAUUUCUGACAGUUCUAUGACAUUCCCUCCAUACAGCGGUUGAAACAGCUGUAUGGAGUGAAUGUCCCAGAACUGUCAGAAAUAGACUAUUUAUGACAGUUCUGGGACUGUCCUUC